AUGAGCGCUCUACAUGAAAGUCUUCGACUGACCAACAUCAACUUAUCGACGAAUUCGAUCUGUUCUAUCGGACCAGGAGACUUCUUUCGGUGGAUCGGAAUUCGUUUAACAAUGGCAUUGGAACCACGCCGAGGCCCUACACGGGUUUAUUGGGACACACAAGAGAAAGAGGGCUACGUCAAUACUGCAGCCAAUUAUGCAUCUAGGUUCCAAAUGAGUCGUCAUUGUUUUGAACAAAUUUUGUAUGCACUUGCGUUCUCGGACAGCAGUCAAACCGACGAUCCCUGGAAGCCGAUACGUCCACUGAUAAACGGAUUCAACGAAUAA